CCGUGGAGGUUUUGAUGAGGAGAUGAAAGAAAACAUCAAGAUUCUUGUCGGUUCUGGCAGGGCAAUGCAGGAAGGAGCAAGAACUUUUUUAUUUGUCGAAAUUUCGGGAUUAUUGGGGGUUUUUUUGAGAAUCUUUGGCUCCCAGGUCUGGGUUUUCAUUUUGUCUUUGUCAUUUUCUUCGUCCUUUCUCGGUUGGGAAUUCUCUUCUUCUUGUCUAAUGAUGUGAUGAU